AUGCUUGAUGACAUCGGAGUCGCUUCGGUGGCACAAACCGUGAAAAAUCAUAAGUCGUCGUACGUGCAAGGCGCGGAGUGGCUGGCAAAGAAGAAAAAAUUGAGAGAUGCAUGGCUCACAUCUCAACAUAAGACGACUACGACGACAGCUCCACCCUCUGAUCGAGCCUCUACUAUUCUUUUCGCAGUGCUCGGAUUCCUCGCUUUGAUAACGAUCAUCGCGCUAGUGACUUGGGCUGUGAAACGAAACGUUGUGAAACAGCAAAGGAAGCGUGACCGCGAAGUCCAGGAACAUCAAGAACUACUCGAGCAGUCUAUUCGCUCGAGAUUGGUCUAUCGAGAGGUUGAAUGCUUUUCAACGCCGAUUAUUUUUGUUGGUCUUCUUCCAUCUGGCACACGUCACGCGGAAUCUUGA